UGCCUUGCAGGUUGUAUGCAAGAUGGUACGUGUGUUUGUAGUUAUGGAUGGACUGGAUCUGCCUGCAAUGUCGAAUGUAAGGGCGGGGCCAGCAAUCCUUGCAGCAAUCAUGGAAUAUGCCGAACAGAUGGGAUGUGCAUCUGCGACCGAGGAUGGACUGGGGCCGACUGCUCCAUAGAAUGUGCAGGAGCGGCGGAGAAUCCAAACCAUUGGCCAUGUCACCUGCACGGGAAUUGUGAAGGAUGGUUUAUCAACCCUCAGACACAAUUUCAGUAUGGGCUUGCGUGUGAAAUUGAAUGCCCGGGAGGAGCGCACUCGAUCUGCAGUCGUCAUGGCGUGUGCGACGACGUUGGCGAGUGCUCGUGCUUCAAAGGCUUCCGCAACAAGAGCUGUGAGGUGGCGUGUCUAGGGCAGAGGGACUGCAACCCAGCCACGGGCUGUGAGGGGGUCUGCAACUACGCAGGAUCCUGUCAGGAGGACGGAUCCUGCAUCUGUGAGGCAGCGUUCAGAGGCAGCGCAUGCGAGCUUGUGUGUCCUCCCUUCACUGGCUUGGCGUCAGACAUCUGCAACUUGCGGGGAGUCUGCAAUGCGGAGGGUGUGUGUAACUGCUACGUGUGGUACCAGGGAGUCGCGUGCGAGCAGAUCGCGUCUUGGGUCAUCGCAGUAGUCGUUCUCUUCACCUUGGCUCUCAUUGCCGUCUCGGUACACCUUAUCCGCAGGUGGCUGCACAACCGCAUGCGCGCCCGACGACGAGCACGACGAGAACGGAGGAAAGUGAGGAGAACAGAAGCUGCUGUGAAUAGAAUGAAAGGCUACAAGGUCCCAAUCCCCGACGACAUGUCUAUGCAGGCAAAGGGGAUAUGA